AUGACUGAUGAGUCUGUCUCAUCAGGCUGUAACCUGCUACUUAAACUGCUGCGUAACCUGCUGCGUAACCUGCUGUGUACCCUGUUGUGUAACCUGCUGCGUAACCUGCUGUGUAACCUGCUGUGUAACCUGCUGUGUAACCUGCUGUGUAACCUGCUGUGUACCCUGUUGUGUAACCUGCUGCGUAAUCUGCUGCGUAACCUGCUGCGUAACCUGCUGCGUAACCUGCUGCGUAACCUGCUGCGUAACCUGCUGUGUAACCUGCUGUGUAACCUGCUGUGUAACCUGCUGCGUAACCUGCUGCGUAACCUGCUGCGUAACCUGCUGCGUAACCUGCUGCGUAACCUGCUGCGUAACCUGCUGCGUAACCUGCUGCGUAACCUGCUGCGUAACCUGCUGUAA